CUCCGCCCGCAGCUGGACGCCAAGAAGAGCCCGCUGGCGCUGCUGGCCCAGACCUGCUCGCAGAUCGGCAARCCCGACCCGCCGCCCUCCUCCAAGCUGAACGCCGUGGCCGCCGCCGCGCCCGCCGCCGACAAGGAGCCCUCGGCCCGGCCCGCCGCGCUGAAGCCGCCGGGCAGCGGGGACGCGCCCGCCGAGGACAAGUCGAGCUUUAAGCCGUACUCGAAGGGCGGCGGGGAGCCGCGCAAGGAGGGCGGCGCGGACAAGGCCGGCUUUCGGGUGCCCAGCGCCGCUUGCCCGCCGUUCCCCCCGCACGCCGCCGCCUCGCCCGGCGGAUCCCGCGGGGCCUCGCCGCAACACCCCGAGCCCAAAGGCGCCGAGGAGAAGAAGGAGCCCGAGGGGGGCAAGCCCAGCCCCGAGGGGACGGGCGGGGCGCUGGGGCGCGGGGCGGUGGAGCCCGGGGCGCACGGCGAGCCCCCCUCGGGCCGCAAGUCGGAGCCCCCCGCCCUGCCGCCCGCCGGCCAUGUGGCCCCCGUGUCGCCCUACAAGCCGGGCCACUCCGUCUUCCCCCUGCCGCCCUCCAGCAUCGGCUACCACGGCUCCAUCGUGGGCGCCUACGCCGGCUACCCGUCGCAGUUCGUGCCCGGGCUGGACCCCACCAAGCCGGGGCUGGUGAGCAGCCAGCUGCCGGGGGCRCUGGGGCUGCCGGGCAAACCGCCCAGCUCCAGCCCGCUGACCGGGGCCUCGCCGCCCUCCUUCAUGCAGGGAUUAUGCCGGGACCCGUACUGCCUGAGCUACCACAGCGCCUCGCACCUGGGCUCCAGCAACUGCUCCAGCUGCGUGCACGACCCCGGCAGCCUCAAGAGCGGAUACCCCUUGGUGUACCCCACGCACCCCCUGCACUCGGUGCACACCACGCUCUCSUCCAGCGGCACCGCCAGCCUGCCCGGCCACCCCCUCUACACCUACGGCUUCAUGCUGCAGAACGACCCCCUGCCCCACAUAUGCAACUGGGUGUCUGCCAGCGGACCCUGCGACAAGAGGUUUGCCACCUCGGAGGAGCUGCUCACCCACCUACGGACCCACACGGCCCUGCCGGGGGCCGAGAAACUCUUGGCGGGUUACCCUACCUCCGGGCUGGGCUCCGCAGCCUCCUGCCACCUGCACCUCCCGCCCGCCGCCCCCGGCAGCCCCAGCACGUUACCGGCCUCGCUCUCCUUGAGGAGCCCACACACUUUGGGACUAAACAGGUACCACCCKUACGGCAAGAGCCACUUGCCCACGGCCGGCGCGCUGCCCGUGCCCUCCUUGCCGGCUGCCGGACCUUACUACUCCCCGUACGCGCUCUACGGCCAAAGACUCACGUCAGCUUCUGCACUGGGAUAUCAGUAACCACGGCGGCCCCAGCCCCAGCCCCCCGCGCCCUCCUUGGACUCUGUAUUUAUUACUGUAUGUUAGCUUAAAGCUGGGAAUAUAAGUGCAUUAUACACACCAAUGAAUCAAUGGUAUGCAAAAGUCUGUGUCCAAAAAAAAAAAAAAAAAAAAAACCGAAAAAAAAAAGAAAAAAAAUACCCUCUUUACUUUGCAGGUGUGGGGCUUUGAUUUUUUUUUUCCCCCUUCUGUUUCUUUUGAAUUUUUUUUUCCUUCCCCCUUCUUAAUUUCCCCCCUGAGAAAUUCUUGCAUGACUCCUACCACAAAUGGAAAAGCGGAAAAAAAAAAGGCAUUUUCCUCCUCCCCGCUGCGUUCAUCGCUCUGGGAUUCUGUUCUCUGCAUUUGUAACUUGCAGAUGUGAUAUUUUUCUUAUUUUGAAUUUUUGGGUUUUUUAAAUUUUUUUUUUCUCCUUUUAAAAUUUUUGUUUCUUUAAAAAAAAAAAUAUUCUUCUUUUUUUUUUUUUUUUUUUUUUUUUUUUUUGUUUUUUUUUUGUGCCCUGUGUCCGGGGCCGGGGGGGCUGUGGACACCGGCCGGGUGAUGGUCACCCCGGGCCGUACCCCGCGUGUCCCCGCAUCCCGGGGGGACCGGAGGAGCGGCAGGACCGGCGGCCCCGGGCGGGCGGGCGGACGAGCCCCG